AUGGUUCCAGCUGAGAAACAAUUAUUAGCAACAAUAUGGUUAUUAGCUACGCCAGAUUCUUACAGAUCAAUCGGAGAAAGAUUUGUUAUAAGCAAAUCUACACUAUUUGCCUGCUUUGUUCGAGUUAUAACAGCUUUACAAGACAUAGCACCUCAAGUGAUUCAUUGGCCAAUAGAAGGGGAACUUCCAUUGAUAAAAGAAAAAUUUAAAGCUAUAGCUGGAAUUGAUGAUGUCAUAGGUGCUCUUGAUGGAACAUAUGUACCUAUUAAAGCACCGACAAAGGAUGCUCAAACAUACAGAAAUCGCAAAAUGCAAUACGCUAUAACACUGCAAGCAAUAUGCGAUGCAAAUUAA